UGCAGUGAGCUGAGAUUAUAACACUCCAACCUGAGUGACAGAGUGAGACUGUCUAAAAAAUAAAAAUGCACCAAAAACCAGGUAACUAUUAAGCAUUGCUAGGACCUGCAUGCGGUGACCCUGAGGGUGCUGGGUUUCUGUUUGAGGGAGAAGAAACUCCUGAGCCCCUAGGUAUCGUGGGGGACACGCAGUUCCAGACUGCCUGCAAGUCCUGUAUGCCUGGCCUCGUCCGCAUCCCUGGCACCCAUGACGAUAGCCACAUUCCACUGGUGUUUCCCCAGGAAAGCCAACCCUACCUGCAUCUCAGCGGAGCUUCCACGGAGUUGGAACCCCGCUCCGAGAAGGUGCGGGUUCGGGCCAGGGAUCACACAAACUCCAGAAGGAGGACGCAGUUGGUUUGCAAGGCUGUGACCUGGUUGAAUAACCUUUGAUCUGCCCCGAGAGGAAUGUGGGCAUUAGGCUGCGGCCCACAGGACAGCCCUGUAUUUUCUGAGAAACGUGGCCCACGGUGCAGAUCUGCUCCAGCUCACUGUGGUGGGAUCAUGCCAACCACGGCUGGGCCACGGAACAUCAUGGCAAGGUGCUGCCCUCCUGCUACGCCGCCUGUCUAGAAGCAGACUUGAUCCGAGCAGGACUGGAGUCAGCCAAGGGCAUCACGUGCUCUGGUCCCCGCCUGCCUUGACUCCUCCUGCCUCACUCCCCCAUGGCCCAUAGUCACGUGGGUGAAGGUGGUGGGCACCGGGGCUGGGUCCAGCCCCCGACACUGCCCAGACAGACUUUCCUAAGGCACCCUUUUCCUAGCGCAGGUGCGGCCUCAGCCCACCCCUCUUCAGGCCCACAGAUGGCACCUCUCUGGUGUGCAGUUACCUCUUGCUUAUGUUUAAUUCAUGGCUGGGGGGUUGGGACGAGCUUCCUGAGAAAGGAAAGAACUCCCCUGGGGUCUUGCCCAGUUCCUGCUCACCAGAAGGACCAUAGCCGAGGUCCCAGCCUCCUCCCAGGGCCCAGGACUGGGGAGUGGAAGCCAUCAGUGGGCUCGGAGGACAGUGUCCCAGCCAGGACACAGCCGUUGGUCACUAAUCCGCAGCCCUGGAAUGUCCGUGGGCCAAUCAGCGGGGUCUCUGGGGGCUCCCCAAGGGCGCUAAUAAUCCUACAAUGAUUAGCAGGGGCCACGGGGUCAGUGCACGCCACUCUGCCUGCUGUCGGGGGCGGGCUGGCCAGGCUGAGGCCAGAGCAGACAGGCAUCCCCCGGAGUCGUCUCUUUUCAUGCCAGCGCCAACAGGAGGCUGUUUGGACACACUGAUUACUCCCUCACCAGCCUCCCUCUUUUGUCCACCAGCCCAGCCUGACUCCUGGAGAUUGUGAAUAGCUCCAUCCAGCCUGAGAAACAAGCCGGGUGGCUGAGCCAGGCUGUGCUCGGAGCGCCUGACAGGCCCAACAGACCCAUGCUGCAUUCGGAGACCUCCCCUGGCUGGGGGCACCUCCUGGCUGUGCUCCUGGCCCUCCUUGGCACCACUUGGGCAGAGGUGUGGCCACCCCAGCUACAGGAGCAGGCUCUGACGGCCAGAGCCCUGAAUAGGAAGGAGAGUUUCUUGCUCCUUUCCCUGCACAACCGCCUGCGCAGCUGGGUCCAGCCCCCUGCGGCUGACAUGCGGAGGCUGGACUGGAGUGACAGCCUGGCCCAACUGGCUCAAGCCAGGGCAGCCCUCUGUGGAACCCCAACCCCAAGCCUGGCGUCCGCCCCGUGGCGCACCUUGCAAGUGGGCUGGAACGUGCAGCUGCUGCCCGCGGGCUCAGCGUCCUUUGUCGAAGUGGUCAGCCUGUGGUUUGCAGAGGGGCAGCGGUACAGCCAUGCGGCAGGGGAGUGUGCCCGCAAUGCCACCUGCACCCACUACACGCAGCUCGUGUGGGCCACCUCAAGCCAGCUGGGCUGUGGGCGGCACCUGUGCUCUGCAGGCCAGGCAGCGAUAGAAGCCUUUGUCUGUGCCUACUCCCCCGGAGGCAACUGGGAAGUCAACGGAAAGACAAUCAUCCCCUAUAAGAAGGGCGCCUGGUGUUCGCUCUGCACAGCCAGCGUCUCUGGCUGCUUCAAAGCCUGGGACCAUGCAGGGGGGCUCUGUGAGGUCCCCAGGAACCCUUGUCGCAUGAGCUGCCAGAACCACGGACGUCUCAACAUCAGCACCUGCCACUGCCACUGUCCCCCUGGCUACACGGGCAGGUACUGCCAAGUGCGGUGCAGCCUGCAGUGUGUGCACGGCCAGUUUCGGAAGGAGGAGUGCUCGUGUGUCUGUGACGUCGGCUACGGGGGAGCCCAGUGUGCCACCAAGGUGCAUUUUCCCUUCCACACCUGUGACCUGAGGAUCGACGGAGACUGCUUCAUGGUGUCUUCAGAGGCAGACACCUAUUACAGAGCCAGGAUGAAAUGCCAGAGGAAAGGUGGGGUGCUGGCCCAGAUCGAGAGCCAGAAAGUGCAGGACAUCCUCGCCUUCUACCUGGGCCGCCUGGAGACCACCAACGAGGUGACUGACAGUGACUUCGAGACCAGGAACUUCUGGAUCGGGCUCACCUAUAAGACCGCCAAGGACUCCUUCCGCUGGGCCACAGGGAAGCACCAGGCCUUCACCAGUUUUGCCUUUGGGCAGCCUGACAACCAGGGGUUUGGCAACUGCGUGGAGCUGCAGGCAUCAGCUGCCUUCAACUGGAACGACCAGCGCUGCAAAACCCGAAACCGCUACAUCUGCCAGUUUGCCCAGGAGCACAUCUCCCGGUGGGGUCCAGGGUCCUGAGGCCUGGCCACAUGGCUCCCUCGCCUGCCCUGGGUGCACCGGCUCUGCUUACCUGUCUGCCCACCUGUCUGGAACAAGGGCCAGGUUAAGACCACAUGCCUCAUGUCCAAAGAGGUCUUAGACCUUGCACUCUGCCGGAAGUUGGGCAGAGAGAGGCAUGGAGGCCAAUGAGGGCCAGGGAGUGAGUGUUAGACGCUGAAGGAGAAGACCCUGCCAGUGGUCCAAAGAGGCUGCUCUCUUCUACCUGGCCCAGGCCCUGUGGGGCAGCGGAGCUUCCCUGUGGCAUGAACCCCACAGGGUAUUAAACUAAGUUAUGAAUCAGCUGAACCUGUGCAUGCUCAUUUCAAAGGGAAAUUCAGAUUAUCCAGGACGACCCUGGAGAGACCAGAGGGGGCCUGAGGCUUCACUGCAGAGGCCUCCACCCACCUAUUCCCUUUCCUGGUCGCCUGCAUGGCCCAGGACACUCUCUGGAAGUUCUGGGGCUCCCCAAGAAGAGGAAGACCAGACUCUGCCUCGGGGAGGGGCAGUUCUCAUGGCUGGGCCCAGGCAGGCAGGGUAUUAAUAGAAGCUGCUCUG